AUGAGUCCAUGUGAACAUCUAGAACAAGCAACACUUGUUGCUCCGCGUGCAAGUCAGUCUGUCUACAAAGAUGAAUGCUGCACCUGCUUCUACUCGCAAGACAGCCAGCUUGGCAUUGACGUGUGUCUGCAUUGCUUCCAAGCAGGCUGCUUGGCCCCGACCCGAGAGCACGCUGCGGGACAUCAUCAACUCAGUGGGCAUACCAUUGCUCUCAACAUACAGCGGCGCGAACGGCCCAAGGUAGAACAAGCCCCGGCUACAAAGGUUGCUAUUGCUGCUGAAACGAACGCAGACCGAUAUAGCUAUGAGAUGUGCUUACGUUGCUACACAUGUGAAUGUACGACUGAUCAAGUGUCAGCCAACCUCCAGUCUGUUGUGGAUGGCGUCAAGAAUGCAUUAAGCUCUGUGCAGCAAUCAGAGGUGAAAGCCUGGGAACAAGAAAUGACAGCGUGCGAGCAUACCUUAACACUUCAACAAGAACCAGCCAAGGCUUUGGAGGACAGUAGUCUUGCAACGUGCUCAGACUGUACUCUUUCUGAAAAUCUGUGGUUGUGUCUUGUUUGUGGCAAACUAUCAUGCGGACGCCAGCAAUUUGGAGGUGGUGGCGGCAAUGGACACGGGUUACAGCAUGUCGAUAGCAGCGGACACGCUCUAGCAGUCAAACUUGGUUCCAUCACACCAGAAGGGACGGCCGAUGUCUAUUGCUAUUCAUGCGAUGAAGAACGACUCGAUCCCAUGCUAGAGCAACAUCUGUCACACUGGGGCAUUCAUCUGCACGGUCGCGUCAAGACGGAGAAGUCUCUGCAAGAAUUGCAGGUGGAGCAAAACCUCAAAUGGGACUUCUCCAUGCAGACAGAUGACGGAAAAGACAUGACGCCGUUGUCUGGGCCUGGGCUGACGGGUAUGAAGAAUAUCGGUAAUUCCUGCUACCUCGCGAGUAUUGCACAGUGCCUCUUUUCGCUGCCGCUGUUUGAAGAGCGAUUCCUGGUGCCAUUCAAGCAGGAUGUUUCGAAGGUUGUACCGGAUCCUGCGAGCAGUCUUGAGGUGCAGAUGCGUAAGUUGGCUGAUGGGUUGCUAUCUGGAGACUUUGCUGUUCAACAAAAGCGAGGCGACGAGACAUAUCAACUGGGCAUUGCACCGACCAUGCUCAAGAGUCUGAUUGGCAAGGGUCAUGUGGAAUUCAGUACGAUGCGUCAACAAGAUGCUUUCGAGUUUCUCAUCUACCUCUGUGAGAAGCUCGACAAGUUGCAGACACCCGAAGGAUUCCGCAACCCAACAGAUGCCUUCAAGUUCAGGACGGAGCAACGAACGCAGUGCAAGGCGUGCAACAAGGUGGCAUACAAAGUGGAAGCCCAAGAACACAUCAGUGUCUUGGUACCCGCACGACCAGUCGCAGGCGAAGAAAAGCAGUAUGAGCCCGUGCAAAUGAAGGAGUUGCUAGACAUUUACACGCGCGCUGAAGAGGUCGAAUGGACAUGUCCUGCCUGUGAGUCCAAGGCCGGGGCAACCAAGCAAACACUCUUCAAAACUUUCCCUCAAGUCCUCGUCAUCAACCCUGGUCGCUUUGCACUUGACAAUUGGGUGCCUUCAAAGCUCGAGAUUGCAGUGGUGAUGCCAGACUCCUUGUCCAUGGAAGGUUACAAAUCAAUUGGGCAGCAGCCUGAUGAAGAGCUCUUACCUGACAACGCACCAGCAACAAAGCGUGCUAGUCCAGAACACGUUGAUGCUCUCAUGGCUAUGGGCUUCCCUAAGGUGCGUUGCGAAAAGGCACUAUUAACGACUGGUGGUGGUACAGAAGAGGCGAUGGAGUGGUUGUUUGCACACAUGGAGGAUAUCGAUAUUGACGUCCCCUAUGUCGCUCCUACGACCACAACACAAGCGGAUGAGGGGCUUGUCAGUCAAUUGGUGGACAUGGGGUUCCCCAAACAUCUUUGUGUCAGGGGAGCAGUAGCGACUGGCAAUGCCAAUGCGGAGGCAGCACUCGAGUGGAUCAUGUCGCACAUGGAUGACCCAGAGGAGCCUGAAUCAAAACCAGAACCCACAACAGAAACUGAAGACGUUGCUAUGGAAGAGACAGGUCCUGUGGAAUAUACGUGCAAGGCGCUUGCGUGUCACAAGGGGUCGAGCGUGCAUGCGGGUCACUAUGUCGCCUUUGUCAAGAAGCAAGUGGAUGGUCAGUCUGACUGGGUGCUGUUCAAUGAUGAAAAGGUAGUGAGAGGUGUUGCCUGGGAAGAGGCCCAGCGCACUGCCCAUGUCUACUUCCUGGUCCGUUCGUAACA